AUGUUGCAUAGGAGGGCGAAGCCGGAUGAUGAGGAUGAUGACUUUAUCCCUGAUCUCCGCGACUCCAUAGUCGAAGCCCUCCAGAAACCCGGCAUAACCGCAAACCGCUACAUAAUCCUCCAAGCUACCCCCUCAUACGCCCAUUUAGUCUCCGACCCCAUCUUCCUCCAAGAGAGCAUCGACCGCGCUGUUAAAACUGCAGGAUUUCGAAUCCACCGCGUCGAAGCCGUCAGUGUCGUAGUCGAUAGCAUUCCCAAGUCAAUGUUCUCGCCUUACUCAGAAGGAUGGAGUUUAAUGAUCACGGAUCGUUUGAUGAGGUUCUAUGGAGAUACAUCUCCUGCUUUUCGAAACUUUGAGUUUAGACCGGCACCUGUGGCUGAUAUGCCGUCGAGCCCGCAACCUAAUUUUUCAACAUAUCGAGCUUCUUCGAGGAAUCCGGAUGAUGAUCGGGGGGAUUUUCAGAUAAUAUUUAGGUCGAUGGAUAUGACUGAUUCUCCGAAAGAUUUAAAACAGAGGAUGCUGGCAAGGAAUAAGGAGCUGAUAUAUGUUAAGACAAAGAUGGCCAACACUCUCUUUCAAAACGGAUCACCUUCGACGGCGAUGGUUCACAAAUACCGUGUCGAUGCGAAUUAUGAUGGGUCCAAUGCUACACUUCAUCCGGAAUUGGUGAAUAGGAUUAAGGAUGUGACUGUCAGGCUGAGCGAAUCUCAGGUAUGGGAAACACGGGUUAAUUUCCCCGUGAGGAACAUCACGGAACCACGAAAGAUUGUUAAUGGCGUCGGGAAUGUCAUCAAAAAACUGGCAGGGCCGGAUGGGAAAGAAAUCAAUGCAUCCCAAGAACUAGAAGCCGCAGUCGCGGACUUGUCGAUGAAGAAGGGAUUAUACGACCCCGUUACUCUAGAGAAAAAACCUAUAGAGAUCUUCGCACGGAUAUCAUUCGAUGAUUCAAAGGCACUUGGGCAGAGACUUCCACCGAGAUAUGGAGGUCGUUUUGCCAAGGUUCUUGCUGGGGGCGGUGGAUGGGGUGUUAAUGCUGGGAUAUUGGCACUCGACCCGGAAGUUAUACAGUACUUUGCUGGGCCCGGAAAGUCGAAGACGUCUGGUGGUCGGGCAACUACUCCGAUACAGGGGAGAUGGAUUGCAUUUUAUUAUAAUGAUCCGAUGAAAUCGACAUCAAGGAGCCGGAAGGAUUCAUCGUUGGGGCAAUGGAAGUUCACAAUGGUAGGCAAAGGGGAUACUUUUGGCUCAGGUACGGGGUACUCCGCUACGGAUCCACCGUCGGUGCCAACUGCUCCGGGGCCCGUUGGGGGACCAGCUGUAGACUCCAAAGAAGUCUUAACACAGAGCUCUACAGAGGCAGAGUCUCAACAAGAUCCCAAAGAUGGCACACCACAGGACUCUAUAGAGGGAACAUCUCAACAGGAUUCCAAAGACACCGCCGCAUCACAGAGCUCCAUAGAGGAAGUCUCUCCGCAAGUUUCUCAAGAAAUGCCCCCGCCCAUAGAAGAGACCAAACCACCCAAGAAAUUCAACUACCCGGCUCAACAAUUACAAACCGGUGCCGAUACUGCUCUUUGUAUCAACGGACAAAAGAUGGAGAUCCCCCUGUUCUCCCUCAAGAUGGAUCUCCUCGUUGAAAUCGGAGAAGCUACAGCUGGCAAAGCCAGCAAAACCCUCAUCCGUUUCAUCGGCAACAAUAGCGAACCACGCCCUAGGGGAUUCCCAUUAGUGGCUCAGAAAGAAUGGAAGAAGAUUGAUGAGAGCAAGGGGAAGAAGCCGAGAAAGAAAAAGAGGUCUCCCCAAGGUCUCUCUCUCUCGGCCCGUAGGUUUAUCACAUUGGAGGGCAAGAAGUACGAAGCAGAGAUUCAGAAGGCACGCUCUAACGAUAAUGAUUCGGCGAUAAUCGAAGGCGAUAAUCAGGGGCUGUACCGUGGACCACCUAAAUUCUCAGAAUACAUAGCCAGAUUAAAGAAACGGGAGGCCCAGCAGGGCCUCUCGUCGGACGGGGUUAGGGUGUUAUAUGAACUAGAAAAGCUGCAGGGCCAGCAAGAGCAACUGGCCGAAGUGAAUGCCGGACUGGAUACUGCGCUGAAGGAGGUCAAUAAGGAAGGCGUUCAUGAAGGCGCCCAAAGAGAUGCCUCCGAGCGUACCGACUAA